AAAUCUAUAAAAUGAAGGGAAAAAUGUGAGAGAAAAAAAUUAAGCAUAUUCUUCUCCAGCGGCUAGCGCGCCACCGCUUCACAAGAAUCUCCGGCAAUAUGCAUUUAGCACGCGGCAUUUACUUUUCUACUCCUAAAAACAUUAGCGAGUAAGAAAAUAUCAUUUGGCCUCGUGUGUUUACCGCCACUCCAAAUUUGCCUGAAUGUUUACAGGUUGUUUCUGUUCUGUUCUGUUCAAUUCUAUUUCAAUUUAAUGCACAGAACCAUCCAUCCGGCGCGGUUGUUCAGAACAAAUUACCGAUUUUCUCUUAAUUUCUCGUCCAAGCCAACACAAACUCGCACCCUGCCCCUGGACCUCCCAUCUUGCAUUGCAUCACUUCAAUCAUGUGCCCAAAGACAGGACCUUUCAGGAGGCAGAAAACUCCACUCCCACAUGAUUGUUAAUGGCAAUCUUGAGUCUCCUGUUUCUGCAACUAGCCUUAUCAAUAUGUACUCCAAGAGUGACUCCAUUGCUGAUGCUUUAUGUGUUUUUCAUGCAUCAACCGGUAUUCACAAUGUGUUCGUUUAUAACGCAAUUAUUGCAGGUUUUACUGUUAAUGACAUGGCGAAUGAGGCUUUUGAGUUUUAUUAUAAAAUGCGGUUAAUUGGUAUAGAACCUGAUAAGUUUACUUUCCCAUGUGCGGUUAAGGCUUGUCCAGAUACUGUAAGUUUGGAAAAGAUUCAUGGUCUGUUGUUUAAACUUGGAUUAGAAUUUGAUUUGUUCAUUGGUAGUGCAUUAGUGCAUUGCUACUUGAAGUUUGAUUUAGUUAAUGAGGCACUAGAAGUGUUUGAGGAAUUGCCCAACAGAGAUGAUGCUGUGCUUUGGAAUGCUAUGAUCAAUGGGUAUAUGCAGAUUGGGGAGUUCAAUAAUGCUUUGGAGAUUUUUAGGAGGAUGGGUGAAUUUAGAAUCAUUCCUAAUAGAUUUACCAUUACAGGAGCAUUAUCAGCAUUGUCUCUUGCUGGGGAUGUUUACAACGGUAAGUUAAUUCAUGGGUUUGUGAUAAAACUGCGGUAUGAUUGUGGUAUUGCUGUUUUAAAUGCUUUAAUUGAUAUGUAUGGGAAAUGUAGGCUCAAGAUGGACGCAUUGAAGAUUUUUGAGGACAUGAUUGAAAAGGAUAUAUAUUCAUGGAACUCAAUUAUAAGUGUCCAUGAACAAUGCGGUGAUCAUGAGAGAACUUUGAGUCUUUUCAAGAGGAUGUUUCGUGCUGGGGUUUGGCCAGAUUUGGUGAGUGUUACUGCUGUACUUCCUGCAUGCUCAAAUUUGGCCGCAUUGAUGCAUGGUAGGGAAAUUCAUGGGUACAUGAUUAUUAAUGGGUUGGGAAAGGAUGGAGGUACAUAUAUUGACAAUGCUAUAAUGGAUAUGUAUGCAAAAUGUGGCAGUAUGAGGGAAGCCCACUUAGUUUUUGAUACAAUGAGAUGUAGGGAUGUGGCCUCAUGGAACAUUAUGGUUAUGGGCUAUGGAAUGCAUGGGUUUGGCAACAAGGCACUAGAUUUAUUUUUUCGUAUGUGCAAGGCAGGGUUGAAGCCUGAUGAGGUCUCAUUUGUAGGGGUUUUGUCAGCUUGCAGCCAUGCAGGAUUUGUAAGCGAGGGUAGAGAAUUGCUUGCACAAAUGCAACCUCAAUACGGUGUCAUUCCAACUAUUGAACAUUAUUCUUGUGUGAUUGACAUGCUUGGUCGGGCUGGGCAGCUUGAGGAGGCUUAUCAGUUGUUGUCCAAAAUGACAGUUCCUGUUAAUCCAAUAGUGUGGAGGGCAUUCUUGUCUGCAUGUCGGCUUCAUGGGAAUGCUAAUUUGGCCGAGGUUGCUGCACAGAGGGUACUUGAGCUUGAACCAGAGCAUUGUGGAAGUUAUGUUUUGAUGUCGAAUAUUUUUGGAGCAGCUGGUCGAUUUGAAGAGGUGGCGGAAGUGAGACAUGCAAUGAGGCAACAAGAUGUGAGUAAGAGACCUGGUUGCAGCUGGAUUGAAUUGAACAAUGGCUUGCAUGUUUUUGUUACCGGUGAUCGGGCUCAUCCUGAAGAGUACUUUAUUUAUGCUGGACUAGAUUCUUUGACUGAACGUUUAUGUGAGCAUGGAUAUCUGUUGGAUGUCAUGGAAAGCAGUAAUUGAAAGUCUAUGAGCGGUUUCUGGUGAUUUAUGCUGGCAUUGCUAAGGAUGGUCAUUUCAUGCAUGUAAGAUACUUUGGUUGCUUUCCACCUUGCAGUCAAGCAAAUUAUAUCGCUGCUUCCCAAUGCAAAUAUUUUAAUUUUAGACCUGUUAAUAUGUAUUCAUUGUUUUAAAUUGUAGCUUAUUUUUAUUGUAAGUCUUUGCACUGCCUCAAUAGCAUCAAGGAUGACAUCUCUGGGAAGUUCCUUUGUGUGACCUGAUUAAGGGAGUCCUGAUGGCGCUCGCUGUUGAACUGGUAUGUUUACCUUCUCCCCAUCCUCUCUUCCCUAUCAUCUUUGUUGAUUCUAUCUGCAAGGAGUUCUCCUUUUUUUUUUUUUUUUUUUUUAGAUAUAUGUUGAAUAGACAAAAGACUAGUUCCCAAGAUGUCUGCAUUUAGUGAGAAACCACCUUCUAAUGAAUAAUCUUCCUUUUUCUUGAUGAGGUAUGUGAUUACUAUAUCGAGAUAAUUUUUUUGAAACGAAAGCAGUUGUUUCAAUGGACCGUUUUGGCCAAUAUUGCUUUUGAAUAUUGGAAU